AUGAGCGCUCAUCAUGGGGUGGAACCUCCUCUUCACCACCAUGACGGCAGAGACGACGGGAUGUACAGCGUUGAGAAAACACACGACUCAAAAUUCGUCUUGGCUACGGACGAAGAGUCUCCCUCCGACAACAGCUUACAAGAAGGUCACCAUGGUCUCUCCGGUGACACCGCUCAGGAUAUCAGGGACAUGUUUAGACUCGGCAAGCGUCAGGAAUUCAAACGCAACUUUUCUCUCAUCUCCACGCUUGGGUUCAUAUCGAUCUACAUGGCAACAUGGGAAUUUGUCUUGGUCUCCCUUGCCUUGGGCUUGGUCAACGGCGGAUUCGCCGGGCUUUUCUGGACGUUCAUUGGGACCAUCCUCUGCUAUUCCACCGUCGUGGCAAGUCUUGCAGAAAUGGAAUCGAUGGCCCCUACCAGUGGUGGACAAUACCACUGGGUGUCGGAAUUCGCUCCCAGUCACUACCAGAAAUUUCUCAGUUAUUCCGCAGGCUGGAUGUCAACUCUGGGCUGGCUCGCUAGUUGCGCUUCAGGGGUCUUCGUCUGCAGCACCCUCAUCGAAGUUCUGAUCGAGAUCUCGGACGUGGAUUUUGUGUUUCCAAACUGGCAAUACACUCUCAUCAGUAUCGCCCUGUUGGUCAUCACGAUCUUCUUCAACACCUGGGGUGCCACGACGCUGCCAAUGAUUGAGACUAUCAGCUUGGUGGGCCAUAUCCUUGGCUUUUUGGUCACAAUUAUACCGCUCUGGGUCAUGUGUCCCAAGAACAGCGCAAAGGAUGUAUUCGCAACUUUCGUCGAUAAUGGAGGAUGGGGUAACGUCGGAACUGCAUGCCUUGUCUCACAGGUUGCUAUCUUGUAUUGCAAUUUGGGGUCGGACAGCGCGUGCCAUAUCUCAGAGGAAGUCGCCGAUGCCUCUUUGAACGUCCCUCGCUCAAUGUGGUGGAGUUAUCUCUUGAAUCUUUCCAUGGGAAUCAUAACAUUGAUUACAAUGCUGUUCUGCAUCGGACCCCUCGACGAGGCCAUCAACGCCGAGACACCCUAUCUACAACUCUUCCUCAACACUGGCUCGAACGCUGUGGCUUAUGUGCUAUGCAUUCUCCUCCUAGUGCUCAUCUUCAGUGGUGAUAUCACCGCGCUUGCGACGACGAGCCGUGAGGUCUUUGCAUUUUCACGAGAUCGUGGAUUUCCGUUCUCACGAUGGCUCAGCAAGAUUGAACGGCGGCGAAACAUUCCAUUCAAUGCAGUGUACGCCACGUCUUUCUGGUCCGCGGUGCUCUGCGUCAUCAACAUUGGCUCAACAACCGCCUUCAACAUUAUCAUCUCUCUCACGUUGCUGGCUCUGCUCAGCACAUAUAUGGUCUCGAUCGGGUGUGUGUGCCUAAAACGGAUACGAAAGGAGCCGAUGCCCGCGGCGCGAUGGAGCCUGGGACGGUAUGGGCUUGCAAUCAAUAUGUUCGCUUUCGUUUACUGCGGAUUCGCCAUCGUUUUCUGCUGUUUCCCAUCAACCUUGCCGGUCGACACGAGCACAGCAAAUUGGGCACCGGCAGUAUGGGCGGGCGUGAUCUUACUCAGCGUGAUAUCCUAUUUUCUCCAUGGAAAGCAUCACUUUACGCCACCGGUUGUCUUUGUAGAGGGCAAGAGGACAGGGGGGCUCCAGGCGACUGAAUGA